AUGUUACUCGCUUCGUCCCUAAUAUUUGCAUACUACACGGUGUGGACGUUUGCGGUUCCGUUCCUGGACGACUCGAACCCACUGCAGCAGUUGUUUCCCGCUAGAGAGUGGAUCAUCAAGAUUCCCGUAAUUUUACUGAUCACAGGUGUGUCACUAGUAGCGUCUUUUAUUGGGUUUGUUCUGAUAAAGAGUUCGAAAAAGAAGAAAAACUAG